GGAGGUCUAUCUCUAUGCCCCUGUGCCUUGAGUCCUGGAAAAGGAGGGUAAAGGUCGCUCCGAGUGGCCACACAGCGAGGAGGAGGAGGCAGCAGCAGCAGCCAUGGCGGAGAAGGCCAAGCCCGCCCAGGCGCCCGUCAGCCCCGUGAAGAACUUCUUCGCCGGGGGCUUCGGGGGCGUCUGCUUGGUUUUCGUGGGGCACCCGCUGGACACCAUCAAGGUUAGGCUACAAACUCAACCGGCAGCUUUGCCAGGACAGCCUCCCCUCUACUCUGGAACCUUCGAUUGUUUUAAGAAGACUCUUGUGAAAGAGGGAGUCCGUGGCUUGUACAAGGGGAUGGCAGCUCCCAUUGUUGGAGUGACCCCCAUGUUUGCUGUCUGUUUCUUUGGGUUUGGCUUGGGCAAGAAACUCCAGCAGAAGACCCCAGAUGACAUUUUGACAUAUCCCCAGCUCUUUGCAGCAGGCAUGUUAUCUGGAGUAUUCACCACUGCAAUCAUGGCUCCAGGAGAAAGGAUCAAGUGCCUUCUACAGAUCCAAGCAGCCUCAGGUGAAAUUAAAUAUGGGGGUCCAAUGGACUGUGCCAAGCAGAUCUAUCGUGAGGCUGGUAUUCGAGGCAUUUACAAAGGGACGGUCCUCACCCUCAUGAGAGAUGUUCCAGCCAGUGGGAUGUACUUCAUGACCUAUGAAUGGUUGAAAAAUAUUUUAACUCCUGAAGGGCAGAGUGUCAGCGACCUGAGCAUCCCCAGGAUUCUCUUUGCUGGUGGCAUGGCAGGGAUUUUCAACUGGGCUGUAGGCAUUCCUCCAGAUGUGUUGAAAUCUCGCUUCCAGACAGCUCCUCCAGGAAAGUAUCCCAAUGGCUUCAGAGAUGUUUUGCGAGAGUUGAUCCGAGAGGAGGGAGUGAUGUCUCUGUACAAAGGGUUCACUGCUGUGAUGAUCAGAGCCUUUCCCGCCAAUGCAGCCUGUUUCCUCGGUUUUGAAUUCGCCAUGAAAUUCUUGAAUUGGCUUGCACCAAGUCUCUGAGGACCAGCAGGAUGUGUUCCUGUGGAAACCCAUCAACACGAGGGAAGUGGAACCGCAUCAAGAGGAUGACUGAAUUAAUGGAUUGCCAGAAGCUAUAAAACAAUGACUACUUUUCUAAUAACCUUUUCUGCCUUACUCGCACCCCUUUGGGUGUUGCCAUUAGGAAUCUUGAGCCAAAUCUCUUCCCAGCGGAGAGUUCGAGAGGCGUUCAGAAGAGACACCUGCUUUCUGAACCCCAAGUUACCAUAAUGGUAAUGCUGCUAACAGGAAACCUUAUUGCUCUUAGCCAGCAUGAUGUUUUUGUUCUUGUUCCUGCUCAUUUAUCUAAUCAGGGAAUAAAGGAGAUAAUGUUUUAAUUUCCCCUUCCAACCUUAGUGAGAAAGUGCAUAGUUUGAACAUGGAUCUGCAUGAGUUUGGGUGCGAGUAGAGACUAUUUACUGUGCAUGUAAUGUUCAGGAUAACAGUUCACAUUUUAAUGACACAAGGUGCUUUGAUUUAAAAACAUUGGACACAAUCUGCCAUAAGUUUCUAUGUGGGCUGUGCUGAAAUUACUGCGUCUUGCUCAAGAAUUUUAUGCUCAAAUGCAAGUUUUUGUUUUAUUUCAGUGGCACUUACCUGGAACAAGUACUGACCUAGAAGGAUUUUCAUACAUUGCUUUAAGUCAUAUGGCCCACACUUAGUAGCAUAAGUACAGGGAGAUUCAUACUCCCCAAAGGUUUGGACUACAACUCCCACCGUCCUUUACCUACCCACACAAUGAGUAGAAUCAAUGGGUAAUGUAGGCUGAAAGACUUGCAGAAUGAAAGGCUUCCCACUGCUGAAAUUACAUGUCAAUGUUGCCUUGAAGAAGUUCAGCUAAACUGAGAGAAGAGAGAACAAUAUUACAAUUAAGAAUGUGUUAUAGUAUUGAGUGCAGGUACUUGAUUAAGAAAUGACUGAAGCCCCCAAUUGUAUCACCUCUUACAGAUAAAAUGCAAAGAUAUGGGGGUAACCCCAGGUUUUCUUUGUAGUUUGUGACAUGUUUGUCUGGAAUAGGGCAUCCGUAUAGAAAUACCCCUUCCACUAAACUCCUCUUCCCAAUGCUGCUUUUUAAAAGUAAAUAGAAAUGCCUUGGGCAGUAGUUUCACAAGUGCCAUGUUACUCUAUGGCUAAAUUUAUGGCAUUUUGUUUCCAAAAGAUACCAAAUCCCCCCUCCCCAAAAUUGAAAAAUGAGUUAUAGGUAGCAGCAUAUUGUUGGCUACUAUUUAUUUUAUUUACAGUAUUUGUACCCCACCCUUCUCACUCCUUAGAGCGGCUUACAGAACACACAUAUGGCAAGCAUUCAACGCCAAUUAUACAAUUGACAUUGAAUGGACAGACAACACAAACAGUGGUAAAGGCAGUGUUCCCAUCGUAUUUCCAGCAUCUUAAGGAUGCCUUUAUUACCUCCCUGCUAAAAGUGGUACCUAUUUUAAUCUACUCGCAUUUCUGUUUUCGACCUGCUAGGUGGGCAGGUGAACUGGGACUAAUGGUGGAUGCUCAACCCCAACCUGGGCUCGAAGUGCUGACCAUUUGAUUGGCAGGAUUUUUCUGCAGCACAGUGGUUUAGCAUACUGUGCUAAGCCCAGCUCAAAGUAGAAUAUUAUGUACAGAUCAAAACUAUCAAAAUGUAUAAAAUCACUUUGGUAUAGAGAUUAGGUAAUUACAUGUUAUAGUAAAAGAAAGUAGGUCCUAGUGGCACAGCAGGUUAAACUGCUGAACUUGCUGAUCAAAAGGUUGGCGGUUUGAAUCCAGGGAGCGGGGUGAGCUCCCACUGUUAGCCCCAGUUUCUGCCAACCUAGCAGUUCAAAAACAUGCAAAUGUGAGUAGAUCAAUAGGUACCACUCCGGCGGGAAGGUAAUGGUGCUCCAUGCAGUCAUGUCGGCCACGUGACCUUGGAGGCGUAUACGGACAACGCCAGCUCUCUGGCUUAGAAAUGGAGAUGAACACCACUAGACAUUAGGGGAAACCUUUACCUUUACUAUCAGAAGAACAAUCUGUUAGGUAACCAGUCCUAUGAACUGGUUGCAAACAACCAGUCCUGCCUGAUAUUUUGGCCUACCCCCCCCCCCCAAUCCCCAAAUGGCAUGGCCAAUAGUAAAGGAUGGUGGGAACUGUAAACUAAGUCAUCUAAAUGACUCCUUUUGUAAGAAGGUAAUGGCACUCCUUGCCGUCAUGCCGGCCACGUGACCUUGGAGGCGUUUACGGACAACACCAGCUCUUUGGCUUAGAAAUGGAGAUUAGCACCACCCUUCAGACUCAGACACAACUAGACUUAAUGUCCAGAGGAAACCUUUACCUUUACCUAUAGUAAAAGAAUGCUUAUCCUCAGCACAUUUUUUUUUCAUUCCUGUCGAAAUUAUUCA